AUGAAAAAGGAUGAACAUAAGUACUGCUUCAGAGUCUUAACAGAUGUAGAAGAUCAGAAAUGGAUGGGAACACCUGGAAUAAAACUCAGAGUUACAGCUGGUGGAAUAGUGGAGGGAAGUUCAGUGAAUCUGACCUGCAGCAGUGAUGGAGACCCACCUGUGGAGAACUACACCUGGUUUAAAGGAUCAUCAUCAGUAGGAACAGGAGGAACCUACAGCCUUCCCAACAUCAGCUCUGAGGACAGUGGAGAAUAUACAUGCCAGAGUCGUAAUGAACUCGGCGAGAGAAGAUCCACUGCUGUCUCUUUAAAUGUUCUGUAUCCUCCAAGGAACGUCUCAGUGUCCAACAGUUCCUCUGAUGAAAUGGUGAAUCUGACCUGCAGCGGUGAUGCUAACCCACCUGUGGAGAUCUACACCUGGUUUAAAGAAGGUAGAAGCUCACCUGUAGGAUCUGGACACAGUUAUGUUCCUCUACAGAGUGGAUUCUACUACUGCCAGGCUCAGAACCAACAUGGAGCUCAGAGAUCAGCUGCUGUACUGGUCAAUAUCAAGGGCCUCUGGGUGGCGCUGUAUGCAGUUGGUGGAGUGGUUGGAGUUUGUGCGCUUGCAGCUUUUCUUACUGGACUUUUCUGCAUGAGGAGACGGAAGAAGCAGGAUGUGAAUACGGAUGAGGACAUCUACCAGAAUGUUGGAGAUAUCUCUUGUCCUCCUGAUGAAGAUUCCUCCAGUACUCAUGUUUAUGGGAAUGUAGAGAGUGUUGGACAUAAAGCUCCUGAUGAUGAUGAUGAUGAUGAUGACUACUCCAGUAUUGCUGAUUACGAGAAUAUGGACGGCACUGUUAAAAAAUGGUAA